UUAUAAUAUUUUUUAUUUUUUUGAUAUUUAAUAAAUUGUCGCAGGCGCAUGCAAAUACCUCUGCGGGCACACGGUUGAGAAUCCCUGAUCGUUAUAUGGUAAAAUGAAAGCAGUUUAUAAAUAAGUGGGUACAACGAUAUAUAAAGAGAUUAAAAUUAUUGACGACUGUCUGAGACAGUCUGAAACGGAUGCGAUUUAUAACGUCGAAAUCAGAAGACAAGACAGUUAUUGUAUUUUUUGAAGAAAACUCUAGAUGUACAUAAUUGUUCAAAAGAAAAGUAUUGCGAUUAACCUGAGAACAAUUAAACAAUUAGUUUAAUAUUCAUUUAAUGUCGUUUUAUAUCCUAGGAAAAACAGCGUACUCGUUCUUAUGUCACUGACUGUAUAAUAAAAUGUUAUUUUAUGCUUAAAACAGAAUUUUUAUCACUUUUAGCCAUUAAAAAAAAUACAGAAUAAUCCGGAAGAUUGUUUUCAAUAUAUAUAUGUUAUAUUGUUCUACGAUAAUGUUUUGCAUUAGUGUAUCUAUCAAUUUCACAAAACAGUUGUUAACAAAAGAUUUAUCAGAAUAAUGUAAUUACAUUUCGUUUUAUUCAUAUAGUACAUUUAUAUAAUAAUGUCAUAGUAGCACAUUUUAUUUGAGUUCAUUAUUCCAUAAUCUAUUAAAUAGAUCAUAGAGAAAAUGGCAGAAAAGCAAGAGGACUUCCAGCCUUUUUACAUGAACGUUUUUUGGUGCCGUUUUGAAUGCAAUAGUUUACUAGUGCAUUAUGAUAUCGAUAAUCAAAGCAAUAAAAUGUCAAAAAACAAGAAGACAUUAAUUAUAAAAUCAUAUGAUACCAAAUGGGGAAUAAAACAUUGUGUCUAAUACGAUGAAGCAAUGUAGAAAUGAACACUGUUAACGUUCUUUCAAUUCGUGGAAAAGCAUUACAAUGAGUCAUAUAAAACUAUCCCAGCAAUCACAUAGAAGUCUUACAUUCAAAAGAAAUUGCUUCUUACAUGAGUAGUUUAUCAUUAUUAUUUUCUCACAAGUGCGAUUGCAUCUCAUAAAUACGUGUUGCAUUCAUGCGUAAAUGCGAUAAUGGCAGACGUAAUAAUUUAAGCAGAUAAUUCCCUCUCCAUAGCGAAUGCGACUCAAAUUGUUUUCUCAUCAUGUAUCUUCACUGAUUUUUAAAGGAAAAAAACUGGUUUAUGCCGUUGAUUGGUCAUUAUAUGUCAAUAUGUCAUCCCCUCCAUACGGUCUAAGAAUUUAAGACUGCCUCUUAUAAAUACUUUACCCUCUGCAAAUCUCUACAAUGAGUAAGAUUUGCCAAUUGCAAGAGUGUAUAGAAUUACACUCUUUAGUGUUUCUAUAAUUACAGAAACUAAAUUGUUUUAAUUCACAUUAAGAUACGUGAAGACAGUGCACUGUGUUUUAUCGUGAAGUGUAGGCAGCAUCGAAUUUUCAAGCAAACAAGAAUAUUCUUCCAGCAUUUACUUUAAGUGUGUGACUUCAAAACUUUCUGCGAAUAAAACAAAAUAGUUUUUCGAUAGUAAUAUCUGGGCUGCAACGUUCGAACAUUGUGCAAGCCUUCGCAAGUCACUUCGAUUAAUAAAAUCACAAUGGCACAGUUGAAGAGAUUGCAAACGGAUAUUAAAAGAAACAUAUGGAAUGACAAUAUAAUAAAUAAGGAAGAAGAUAGUGGCUUCCCAAGUGAUUCUCUUUCUGAUGAAUAUGAUGAGUUUGAUAGCAUCACUGAUCAGCACAAGAAUUUUAUAACUAUGUGCAAACAGAAGAUUGACAGUAGCGAAUUGCCAGAGCACUUCAAUCAAUGGACAGCGCAGAAGCAAUACGACCAUUUGAUACACAACACCAGCAAAUACUUUCCAAACAUACCCGAAUCUCUGAGAUUUAUCCUACCCGCGAGCUUCAAAGAUGGAGACUGUGAUCGACCAGCGGACAAUAAGCCAGAUUGGUUGGACAUGGAGAAGUUCCGUCGUGGGCAGAAAUUCGCUUUGCGCUACUUCAGUACGAUUUGCAUAAGCAAUUUGAUAUCAUUGCUGCAAAUAUUUAGCUUCUCCGACGGCCUGAAACCGCUGAUUCUCAGCCAGAAGUCCAACACGCCGUAUCGCGCCUUCAAGCGAUACUUAUCAACGAUCAGACGUGUCAGGAAUUGGUACACGAGUGAUCCAUGGUGCGAGAACACCAAAGCCCAUCAUGACAUCCAAAUGGUGCGCAAACUGCAUCAUGGCAUGAGGCGGAGGCUAUGCGAAAUGGAUAACGAAGAGAUUGACCGCGCUACCAAAAUGUCGCAACCGUUUUGCCCAGCAGUGGAAACGCUCAUGAAGGACUUUGCAGGUACGUGUCCGAUGGCGCGUAGCUUGCAGAACCCCUAUACGAUGAAUCGGAUGAAGGGCAUCAAUCAGGGCGAUAUGUCUGGCACGCAAUUCGCCUUCAUAAGCAUGAUGGUGGUUUACCCGGAGCAGCUAGGGGCACAUAACCCUAACGAAGAGGACCUCGAGGCAUUUUGUCAUCUAUGGCGCGGGAUCGGUUAUCUUUUGGGCAUCGAAGACCAGUACAAUUUCUGCAACGACAGUCUACAAGAGGUGCGACAACGCUGCCGAGACAUGAUUGAGUAUUGGGUAAAGACGAACUUGCGUAUGGUAACGCCAGAAUGGGAGCACAUGUCGAUGUGCCUCUUCGAAGGUACAAGUUACAUCAUGUCAAUAAAAUUGAACUACAAGAUAUUUUUUAUGUGGAUGUGCGAUGUGCUUGAACUCGACAUGCGUCGCUUCUACGAUUCUUUUUGCUUAGUCGAAAAAGUGAUGUACAACCUACUGAAGUUUGCACUUCGUUACUUGACGAGAUUGCCAGGUUUUCUUCCCCUCUUGAACGUACUGACUCAUAUGAGGCUGGAUCAGGCUGCACAUUUUGAACACAAGGUUCACAUUAAACUUAUGCAGAAAUCAUCCAAAAUAGUCCCAGAGUCCAUUGUUCACACGAGCGUUUAAUUUUUUAAUUUGAAAGUUUAAUUAAACAGAAGGUAAAUUGCACUCUUCUCAAGAGCUAUCAUUUAUUUUCAUUUAUAUUGGUUUCUUCAUUAUUAGGGGAAACUUAAUGUAAACCAAAAUGUUUGGCAUUUGUUAGAUUAUUAUUAAUAUAUUUAUUAUAAUUAACAACAUUGGAACACAUACAUUAUUAAUUUGCAAUAGUAUAAAGUAAACGGUAUAACGUAACAAAACGACAGAGAUUUCACUUUUUAAAUUUUUAGACUAGAUUUUGCUUAUUGGAGUUUUAAUAAAAAUCAAAAGGGUGAGUGAGAUGACUAUCCUAUCAAGUAUUUUCUAAGUAUUGGCAAAAAAUAUAUUUAGUAUAUCUGCGUGUAAUUACAAAUAUCAUUAACAGUCUCAAUGUAAUUUAAAAGAUACUUCAAAAGAUAAUUAAAAAAUUAGAGAAUAUAAGAAAUAAAAGAGUAUUAAUGAAUUAAA